AAUGAAGGUUCCAUAAAAAAAAUCCAUUUCCCAAAUUCAUGAGCCUUUAUAUCUUGGUUAGGAACUAGAAGAAGCUUCAUAUGUCAAACUUUUAUUUUUCCUUAAUAUGUAAUGUCACUUUCCUCACUGGUGGUGAGGCACUGAAGCGGGUUGCCCAGAGAAGCUGUGGAUGCCCCAUCCCUGAAGGUGUUCAAAACCAGGUUAGAUGAGGCCCUGGGUAACCUGACCUAGUGGGUGGCAACCCUGUCUAUGGCAAGGGGCUUGAAACUAGAUGAUCUUUAAGGUCCCUUCCAACCCAAGCUGUUCUAUGGUGUCAUGAGCCCCUGUAUUUGAAGACCUAGUCACUUUUGGUAGACUUGGGGGAGGGGGUUAUCCUUGUUUUUUGGGAAUGUAUUUGCUAGAACAUAACACGCUAUUUGAAGCAUGCUACUUAAAGCAGCAGUAAGAAACAUCAGGUUUAUGGGUGGGGGUCUGUCUGGUAAUAUAACAAGGUAUUUCUGCUGGAAGUGGUUAGGUACAACUGCAUGCUAAAAGUAACUGCCCCACCUUGACAUUUUCUGAGUGAGUGCACCACUACACAGGCUCAGGAAAUAUGCUCAGCUAUGCCAGUCAUCAAAAUAGGUAGAAGAUAUAUAAAGACUAUCUUAUUUUCCGUUACCAUUGUCUACUCUUCCCCCUUCUCUCCUAUGGUUGUUAAUGUUCAUCAGUGACCUUAAUUGAAUAACAGGUAUCCUGGGAUAUAAAUUUCAUGUUUGAAGUGCACAGCGUUCUGCAGACCUGUUUCUGGUGUAUGGAAAAUGUAACGAUAGUGGAGGCAAUUAAUACUGAACCUUUUCCAGCUAAGUACCCCAGGCAGCAGAGAUGGUAACAGUUGGAUAGGCACAGGGUUGUGCUUUAUGAGAACUACAAAACUGAUGUGUCUCUGGGGGUUUCUCCUCUAGUUUUAUAUCAUAAAUGGCACCCAAACAGUUUCUUACUAUAAGGAAUAUAUAUUAGCACAGAUGUAUUCUGAUUUUUCAUUAAAAGAAAUGGCGUAUUUUUUGUGCCUCAGUGUCUAUGUCAGGUACUCAGUUUCAAUGACUGAAAUAAGUAAAAACAGCCUUAAAAAGGGGUAAAAUUGAUUAAUUUGGCUUUGGAUGCCUUUUCUGCUAUGUUGCUUUCCUUAAUCCAUUAGUGGGUAACACUGGUGGUUGAGUGACAGUUGGACCAGAUGAUCUUAGAGGUCUUUUCCAACCUUUAUGAUUCUAUGAAAAAAUGUUAAACCAGUUUGAUUUCAAAACAGUCAAAAGUAAAAAGCUGUAAAACCAGGAAAACCGCUAAGAUGUUUUUUCUUUUUCAUGUUGGGUUCUAUAUAAAGUUAGGCAUAUAGCAUCUAAAGUCUUUGCAAAAUUCUAGAACAUCUAAAUAUUAACUUUCUUUUGGCCUUUUAUCCAAAGGAGGUGUAAAGGAGGUGUCCUGGUGGCUUAUGGUGAGAGAUUUAAGUGGUGUUUGGAAAGUGAAGGAAUCCAGAUGCCACUAAAAGAUCAGAAAGUUCACUAAAACUUCACUACAUGCCAGCAAGUAAACUGGAGGAGGGAGGAAUGGAAAAAAGAAGCGGAGAGUGUAUGUGCUAUAGUGUUUUUUUUUAAAUAAGGUCAGAAGAUAAAAAUUCCUUUUGUUGGCAAAACGUACUUGACUCACCACUGUUCAUUAACAUUUUGUAGCACCCUGUUAUCUUACUGAACAUCACUUUACAACUAUUAGACUCAUUCUGCACUUGCUGUAGUGUCCUUUUUCAGUCAUGCCUUACUGAAUCAAGUUUUUAAUGAACUGAGCACUCACAGUAGAGUUCCGUUAAAUUAAUACUAAGAUUAGCACUAAAAUUUGUGCCCAAUGGCGCAGAGGAAACUGAGGGUUCUCAUCUCUUUGCAAGAAAAAGUGCUAUAGUAUGCUCCAGGAUUUGGAAAAAAUGAGUCAAGGUGCUCACCUGCUUCGUAGAGGUUUGUAAUACUCAUGCAACCGAUGGUCCAGACUCUCAUCGGACAAAGGAGGUGCCAGUCAGUCUGCUCUGCUACCAGUUCAUCUCCCAAACUGCUCUUUGGAAUUCCAAAACUCAUCAGAGGAGGUCAGAGGAACUUGCAAUUAGCUGCUGCUUGGAGCUGCUUAGCUAAUUGGAUGCUGAGGGCAAAGUUGGGGUAAUAAGGUGCCUCUGAAUUCUUGUUUGGCCUCAAGGAAGAAAGUCACAGGAGCAAAAGGCAUUGAGAAAUAGAACAGAAUAAGAAAAGUUAGUAGUAGCUCUAUAUGAACAAGUAAACAGUAAUCAGAUCUGAUGUUAAUUCAGGUUAAUUUGAGGUUUAAAAAAAAAUAGUAUAGAGAAAAACGUGUCAAUUACAAUUUUUUUACCUUCGUACAUCUAAGUCAAGAAUAGAUCCAGGGGUGUGAGGCAGCCGUGCAGCACUACCUGUAAUGUUAAAAUGCUGGGUAACUAGUAAGAAGAUAGGCAAUUCCUGUGUUUUUGUGAUAAAAUGAGUAUUCUUGUGAGAAAGUGCAGUGGAAGAUUCUCCUCUCUAUUUUGAACUUUGCUUUUUUUUUUUUCCCCAUGGAAGGCAGUGUGAAAAAUGCAUGUUGUCUUCAGGUCCAGGCAAAGCAACCCAUUCAUGAAAAAUUUUGGGUUGAUCCAAGUAAUCAAGCCAUUCUUGGUCAUGAUGUCAUGGAAUUUGAGGAUGGUUCAACUGAUAGGAGAGCCCUGGCUGCAGGCACGGAAAAUGCAUCCAAAUAGGCAAUUGCUUUCAGAGAUUUUACAUCUAUAAUUACAAGGUUGAUAUUUCUGAAUUUAAGGCUUGUCUAGACUGGCUUCUGUUUCAGUUCAAUAUUUACUUUUAGCUGGGAAGUGGAACGGGCAUGGAGCCUACACUCCUUCUCUGACUCCCCAGUCCUGGGAGGGGUAUUAAGUAAUCUGUUACCAAAUAAAUUCAUAAGAGAAUUGGGGGACAGUCUCCCUUUUCCCAGGUUGCUUUUCCUCACUGUAGAUAUUUCAGUCUAGACUGUUGAAAAACUCUGGCUAAUAGACAAUGAAUAAAACCUGACCUGUGUUGGACUGUGGGGGUGGAUUAAAUCAAACCUGGUGUGUUUUUUUGUUUUUCCAUUUGAAUGCUCUGAUUCUUUGAUAAAUAUCAGGUGCAUGAUUAUUUAUAGUAUGUAAGGUACUUUGUAACUAAUACACCCACAAGCCUGUAUUUCACAUGACACAUCUUAAAUCAGUCAAAUAUGUAGCAGUAAAUGUCACAGGCAGCAAUAUUCGGGAAGAGGGGAAAUAGUCGACAGGAAGCAUGAAAAUAAGGAAUGUUUUAAAUGCUGGCCUUGCUCGUAUUUAAGUGUAUUUAGGCAGAACAGGCACCAGUGAUUUCAGAUCAGUUAGGGUGGAUUAAUAUUCUCAGUGGCACAUGAAAGCUGUCCAUCUUUAAGUCCAUGUGGGGAAGUUCAUGGUUUUGAAGAUUAAAAGAGAGGUUAGGAGAGAUGAGCAAGCAGAAGCAGCACACAAAAUGAGAAUGCCAGAAUACAACGUGGUUGAAAUGAAGAACUCUUGAGAGUGAUUAAUUCAAGGGAGAGGGGAUGCUCUUUGUCCUGAUAUCUGAGACCUUCUUUGGUUUCUUACAGUCAGGGGGAGGCUUUUUUCCCCCCAUUUGGAAUGAAAUAAAAUACUGGAACGAUGAAAUCUGAAAGCUUCACUUGUGUGCAGCUCAUGCUCCAUCCUCAUAUCUGAGCUGUGUUAAGAAGUUGCUGUCUUAAGAACUUGCUCGUUUCAUUUUUUGAAGGGAAACUUCCUUGAGUGUAAAGAACAUAAUACUUACUAUCAAGGCCUCUACCUGUAAGUUUAUUCUAGAAACCUUUGAACAGCCUGUGGGAGAAGGACCAGAUGAUCUAAAUGCACCUAGUGUACAGAUCAUUAGCUUACUGGAACACAAAAAGGCAGCCUUACAACUCUGGCACACAAGUGAAGAUUACUUUCAGGACUGUGAGAAAUCAGAAUCCUCAAAGACAACAAUUAAACAAGGAUACAUAUAUAUAGAUUUAGGAAAACAGCACUAUGCUAGAAGGUUGACCUGCACCUGAGUAGAAAUUCUGAUCCCUCUUCAGGUUCAUAUAUUGUAAGGCAAUAAGGGCUCUUAGUAACUAAUAACACAGUGAAUGUUUCCUUCUUGUUCCUCUUUAUAGUAGUCUUCACACCAAUUAAGUUUCUGUGCAGGACUCUGAGAACAGGAGUAGUAUGUCUUCAGUCUCCACCUGAAAGCUGAUUUUCUGAUAUGAUGGUCCUCAGUUCUGAAAAUCUGUGGAGAAGAUGGAGAACUGACGAAGCUUGACCAAAAGAAAGAGACCUUUUCUCAUAUGGCAAGAACAAGAUCAGAGAAGAGCAGCCUGGUGUGGAAGGAGUUUCUGAACUUGUGUGGGAUUCCUGUAGGGAUGGCAGGAGCUUCCAGUAAGAGAUGGAGAACAUCCUGACAGGCUUGUGUGGCACCGGCCCGGAAGAUCCGCUCCCGCUGUGGGUCCAUGGCAGCAUUGGGCAUUGCUUUAAUCAGCUGACGUUAAAUGCGAUUCCUCAUGCGAUCCUUGCAGCGGUCAGUGCCUGCUUCCUUGGCACUCCCAGAUCUGGCUCUGGGAUGCCUCGCCAGCCAGGCUGGAGAUGCAGAAUUGCUGCUUCUUUUAUACUCGCUGGCCUGUUCCUCGCUGAUAUAAUCCCAGCCGCCAUUUCUCAGCAGGAGCUGGGCCCUGUCUACCUGGAAUUGCUGGCCAGUGGCAUCGCCGCACUGACGUGGCUCACUCACGGCGUUGCUCUGCUCAUGCUCUGCAGGUCCAUUCAUGGCUCUACCAGGGGCCCUGCAGCCCUGGCUCUCCUCGCUCUCUUACCCCUACCUUCUCUCAUCAUCACGCUGGUCUGGUACUGCCAAAGGGGGACAGCUUGGUCCCCUGCCCACCCUGCUGUCUCCUCCAGGUUCACCAUUCUCUGUCUGCAGCUGGCGUCUCUGCUGGUGUAUGUGAUUAGCUACCUCUUACCCACCACUGAAAGGCACGAAUUCCUCUCCAUCAAUAGCUCCUGGCAGCAAGACCAGCUCAUCUCACAGCCAGGCACCUCCGUGUCGGGUCAGCAGCGAGUGGCAGAAGAUGGGGAGAGCUGGCUCUCACGCUUCUUUUAUGUUUGGAUGAACCCUCUUAUGGAACGUGGCUAUCAGUGGAAGCUGAACCAGCCACAGGAUGUCUAUCUACUUCCUCGCCAGCUCCAGGCUGCCAGGGUUUGUGAUCGGUUCUAUGCCUGCUGGCAGAAGAAGGCAGCUCUGCACCAAGUAGAGGAGGAGACAGUGUCUCUUACUAGCCCAAUCAUUGCUGCAGGCGACGGGAGUAGCGAUGUCUGGGACAGCUUGCACCGUGCCCAGGAGCCUGUGAGACUGUUCUCAGUGCUUCAUGCGGUAUUUGGGCUUCGUUUCUACUUGCUGGGACUUCUCAAGCUGGCCGGCAGCCUGCUCAGUUUCUCGGGCCCCCUGCUUCUGAACCUGCUGGUGAACUUCAUGGAGUCGCGGCAGGAGCCCCUGAGCCAUGGGGUGCUCUACGCACUGGGGCUCUUUGCUGGCUCCUUCCUGGGCGCUCUCCUGCGCAACCAGUUCAGCUACGAGGUGAACAAGAUGACGCUGAUGGUGCGGGCUGCCGUCAUCUCUGCCAUCUACCGCAAGGCCCUGCGUGUUGGCAGCACCAGACUUUCCCGCUUCACCGUGGGUGAAAUCGUCAACUUCAUGAGCACGGACGCCAGUAGGUUGGUCAACUUCUGCCUCAGCUUUCAUGAGGUGUGGAGCCUGCCCUUCCAGUUUGCCAUUACCCUUUAUCUGCUCUACCAGCAAGUAGGGGUAGCCUUUCUGGGAGGUCUGGCCUUGGCACUGCUGCUUGUGCCCAUCAACAAGGUCAUAGCCAACCGCAUCAUGAUGAGCAACAAGGAGAUGCUGCAGCACAAGGACGCACGGGUCAAGCUAAUGACCGAGUUCCUAAGAGGCAUUCGUGUGAUCAAGUUUUAUGCCUGGGAGAAGCACUUCAGCACCAGGAUAAAUGCCUGCCGGGCUAAAGAGCUGCAGAAGUUGCGAGCCAUCAAGUACUUGGAUGCCGUGUGCGUGUACCUGUGGGCAGCACUGCCUGUUGUUGUCUCCAUUGUCAUCUUCAUCACCUAUGUUCUGUUGGGUCACCAGCUCACUGCCACAAAGGUCUUCACAGCGUUGGCCCUUGUAGGGAUGCUCAUUCUCCCCCUCAACAGCUUCCCAUGGGUGUUGAAUGGGACCUUGGAAGCCAAAGUUUCCCUGGAUCGAAUCCAGCGUUUCCUUGAACUUGAGGACCAGGACCUGGAAGCUUAUUAUGCCCUAGGUAGCCCUUCAGGUACGGCUUCUGCCAUAGAGAUGCGAGGUGCAGAUUUUUCAUGGGCACCAGUCAAAGAAGACAGCCCCAGCCAGCCCUUAUCCACAGGCACUCUGCAAUUGCACAUCGAGAACCUCUCAGUGAGAAAGGGGAUGCUCUUGGGAGUUGUUGGCAAGGUCGGCUCUGGCAAGAGCUCUCUGCUUGCAGCCAUCACUGGAGAGCUCGUUAAACAAGGUGGACAAGUGUACGUUUGUGACCUGGAGCAAGGAUUUGGUCUGGCCACACAGGAGCCUUGGAUCCAGUUUGCCACUGUCCGUGAGAACAUCCUGUUUGGGCGGGACUACGAUGCCAGGCUGUAUGAGGAGGUGGUGGAGGCCUGUGCCCUCUCUGAGGACCUGAACAUUUUACCAGCAGGUGACCAGACAGAGGUGGGCGAAAAUGGCGUGACACUCAGUGGGGGACAGAAGGCUCGGAUAGCCCUUGCCAGAGCUGUUUACCAGGAGAAAGAGCUUUACCUCCUUGAUGAUCCCCUGGCUGCUGUUGAUGCAGAUGUAGCCAAUCAUCUUAUGCGGAAAUGCAUUCUUGGAGUUCUCCAACACAAAACCAGGAUCCUUUGCACCCACAGGACUGAGUUUUUGGAGAAGGCUGACGCCUUGUUGUUGAUGGACAAUGGCAGGAUAGUCAAGACAGGCACACCAGCUGAUAUCCUGCCACUUGUGGAAGCUAUCCCCAAAUUCAAGGACGUGGACAAGAGGCAGAAGGACAAAGCCUCUGAUGAGCAAAGCCAAGAAGAGGACAUAGAGACAGAGGCAGAAGAAUCAUCCCAGGACAAACAUCUUCUCCACAAGGAGGAGGAGAAGAAAGAAGGGGCAGUGGCUUUUCAGGUCUACAAGGCAUAUUGGUUGGCAGUGGGCAGCUGCUUGGCAUUAUCCAUCCUCUUCUCACUGCUCCUGAUGCAAGCAUCCAGAAAUAUCUCAGAUUGGUGGCUCUCACAUUGGAUCUCCAGCAUAUCCAAGACAGCAAAUACCUCUGUGAUGGUCUGCUCAGCGUCCCUGCCAUCUGCAGAGCUGCUUCUCUUCUCCACUGUUGGGCUUGUCUCCCCUGUUCAAGCUCUGGACACAGCCCCAGUCCCUUCCAACAGUUCAGCAGAUGUGAAUUUCUACCUGAUGGUUUACGGGAGCAUUGCAGGAGCCAACUCCCUCUUCACCAUUUUUCGGGCCUUCCUCUUUGCUUAUGGCACCAUCCGUGCUGCCAUUGUCAUCCACAACCGACUGCUCCAGAGGGUUAUAAAGGCCACGGUCACCUUCUUUGACACCACGCCAACAGGCCGCAUCCUGAACCGCUUCUCCUCAGACCUGUACUGCGUGGAUGACACCUUGCCAUUUAUCCUCAACAUCUUUCUGGCCAACAUGUACGGGCUCCUGGGCAUGCUGGUGAUAAUCACCUAUGGCCUCCCUUGGAUUGGCCUGGUCUUACUGCCUCUGGCUGCCCUCUACUUCUCUAUCCAGCGCUAUUAUCGGCGCACGUCGCGAGAGCUCAAGCGCCUUUACAGUCUCACCCUGUCUCCCAUUUACACUCACUUCUCAGAGACCCUCUCGGGACUGAGCAGCAUCAGAGCCAUGCGGGCAGCAGAGAGGUUUGAGUUGGAGAAUCAGCUGCACCUGGAGCAGAACCAGCGCUGCCUCUUUGCCAGCAACACAGCAAUGCAGUGGCUGGACAUCCGCUUGCAGAUGAUCGGGGUCGCUGUGGUUACUGCUAUUGCAGGAAUUGCCAUCAUCCAGCACCAGAAGGAUCUGGGAAAUCCAGGACUUGUGGGCCUGGCGCUCUCAUACGCCCUGUCUGUCACAAACCUUCUCUCAGGCCUCAUUUCCAGCUUCACUAUGACAGAAACCAUGAUGGUGAGUGUGGAGCGGACAGAGGAAUACGCUACAGACAUCCCUGUGGAGCCCCAGGAUAAAGUGGUCCAGGUUGCUGCUGACUGGCCAAGCAGGGGGCUUGUGGAGUUCCAGCACGUGGUCCUGGCCUACCGAGCAGGCCUGCCCAAUGCACUCGACGGGGUGAGCUUCACCGUGUACCCCGGAGAGAAGGUGGGGAUUGUGGGUCGCACAGGAUCUGGAAAAUCCACUCUUUUCUUGGCACUUUUCCGUAUGCUGGAGCUGAAAGCAGGCCGGAUUCUCCUGGACGGUGUUGACAGCCGGCUGGUGGGCUUGGAGGAGCUGAGAUCUAGGCUGGCCAUCAUCCCCCAGGAUCCAUUUUUGUUCAGUGGUUCAAUCCGGGAGAACCUGGACCCUCAGGGAAAAAGGACGGACGCUGAGCUUCACGAGGUGCUAGAGCAGUGCCACCUGCGGGACGCAGUUACCCAGAUGGGUGGGUUGGACAGCGAGCUGGGAGAGAGAGGAAAGAGUCUGUCUGUGGGACAGAGGCAGCUGGUGUGUCUGGCAAGAGCCCUCCUGACGCAGGCCAAGGUGUUGUGCAUUGAUGAGGCCACCGCCAGCGUGGAUCAGAAGACGGACCAGCUGCUGCAGCAAACCAUCCGCCAGCGCUUCGCUGACAAAACCGUUCUGACGAUUGCUCACAGGCUCAACACCAUCUUGGACUCGGACCGCGUGCUGGUGAUGCAGGCCGGGAGAGCGGCAGAGCUGGACUCGCCCAGCAGCCUGAGCCAGAAGGAGGGCUCCUUGUUCCAGCGCCUCCUGCGCAGCGGGCAGCAGUGACCUCCCUGCCGGGCUGAGCCCAGGCAGCCCCUCUGGCUCUGUGGCUGGCAUUCCUCCAGCCUCAGCCAGCAGCUCUGUCCCUGCAGGGCCGGGAGCUGCUGAGGUGAGAGAAGGGGUUGUUCCUGCCUGCAGACAGCAACUGUGCGUCCUCAGGGACGGGAGCAUGGCACGGCGGCCCUUCCUUUAGUAGGAAAGAGGGGAACGGGUGCUGAGGGCCAUGCACGCCUGGCUGGUGGGGCACUGUUCACCUCCCAGGCUUCCCUUUGAGAUUUCAGAGGGCAUUUCUGUUCGCUGAAGAAUCAGUGACUCCUAGUCUGAGACUGAGUCUCACAUGUGCUGUUUAAAAUAAAGUGGAAACGUCCUCGUG